UCACUGUAGAGGCUCUUCCUCUGCUGCAGCUGCCAGCUGACACUACCACCGAGGAGGUGAGGUCAAAUUUGACUCUCUCGCUCUCCCUCCCUCUCUCUCUGUCUCUCUCUUCCUCUCUCGCUGCCCGUCAGUCUGUAAGAGAGGCUGCUAACUAGCGCAUCAUCAUCAUCAUCAUCAUGGCGGAUCAAGGCGAAUGUACAGCUCCUCUCCACCAGCCUCAACCACCGCUGACAACCAGCUGGCCAAUUACCCGGGAGUCGUACGAGCUGCAGGAAGUCAUAGGCAGUGGGGCCACAGCUGUGGUGCAGGCAGCCCUCUGUACCCCCAGACAGGAGCGUGUAGCCAUAAAGAGAAUCAACCUGGAAAAAUGCCAGACCAGCAUGGAUGAGCUAUUGAAAGAAAUUCAAGCCAUGAGCCAGUGCAACCAUCCCAAUGUUGUCACCUACUACACCUCUUUUGUUGUGAAGGAUGAACUUUGGUUAGUCAUGAAGCUUCUGAGUGGGGGCUCUAUGCUCGAUAUAAUUAAGCACACAAGCAAAGAAGAAGAUAAAAAUCGAGCUUUGGAAGAGCCUAUUAUUGCCUCUAUAUUAAAAGAAGUUCUGGAGGGCCUGGACUAUCUGCACAGAAAUGGACAGAUUCACAGGGAUGUGAAAGCUGGGAACAUACUACUGGGAGAAGAUGGAUCUGUUCAGAUUGCAGAUUUUGGAGUGAGUGCAUUUCUGGCUACAGGGGGUGAUAUGACUAGAAACAAAGUUCGAAAGACGUUUGUUGGCACACCAUGCUGGAUGGCGCCAGAGGUGAUGGAACAGGUUCGAGGCUAUGAUUUCAAAGCAGAUAUAUGGAGUUUUGGAAUUACAGCCAUUGAAUUGGCAACAGGCUCUGCCCCCUAUCAUCGCUACCCUCCCAUGAAAGUUUUAAUGCUUACCCUGCAGAAUGAUCCACCCACUCUAGAGACAGGUGUUGAGGACAAGGAAACUGUAAAAAAAUAUGGCAAAUCAUUUAGAAAACUAAUAUCUAUGUGCCUUCAGAAGGAUCCUGUCAAAAGGCCUACAGCCGCAGAGCUUUUGAAGUGUAAAUUCUUCCAAAAGGCCAAGAACAAAGAAUAUCUGGUCGAGAAGCUUUUGAGUCAUGCACCAAAGAUUUCUCAGAGAGCGAAAAAGGUCAGGAGAGUCCCCGGCUCCAGUGGCCACUUGCACAAGACAGAGGAUGGAGACUGGGAGUGGAGUGAUGACGAAAUGGACGAGCGCAGCGAGGAAGGCAGAGCAGCGGUAAAUCAGGGCAGGUCACGAAGGGUCAAAGAUGAUGCCAAAGAUAAUGAGGAGGAUGCCAACAAUGUCCCUAUUGAAGGCUUGUCUAUUCAGCAUCCCCAGGUUGAACCGUAUAACAGUACACCCUUCAUUCAAGGUGCUGUGAACAUGGUACUACGGCUAAGGAACUCCAAAAAGGAGCUGAAUGACAUCCGGUUUGAAUUUACUCCUGGGCGAGACACUGCUGAUGGCGUUUCCCAGGAGCUGUUCUCGGCUGGACUGGUCAACGGGCACGAUGUUGUUAUUGUUGCUGCCAACCUUCAAAAGAUUGUAGAUGACCCAAUUACCUACAAAGUACUGACCUUUAAGCUGGCUUCCAGCUGUGAUGACACGGAGAUCCCUGAUGAAGUGAAGUUGAUCGGCUUUGCGCAGCUAAGUGUUAGUUGAUGCUCUCUUCGUGACUGAAGCAGGUGAGACAGGGGAGACAGUUCAGGACAAACAGACUGAGGAACACUCCGCCACUUCCUGCAGUAUCUUCCCUUGCUCACUUCCUCACUCCCCUUCACCUUACCCGAUCUCUGCCACCACCCUCGUUAGCGCCGGCUUCCCCGCUUACUGUCCUCCUAUCUUUAACCUUAAUGACAUUCCACUGCCCAGCGCACAGCCGAGGAACCUAAAGAUGUACUCAGGUGGCAAAAGAAGGUGAUUAAGAUGUAGCUUUGAAUGUUUUAUUUAUUUAUUUCUUUAGCUCGUUGUUGUUUUACAUCACAUUACCUCUGUGUUCAGCAAAGCUCUCAUUAUUUAUUGAAAUGAGAAGGGUUUUUUUUUUUUCUCCCAUGCUGAUUUGUUGCCACAGUGAAAACAAAUUUGCUUAGACUCACAUCUCACAAACGCACUCAUUCGAGAAGUUUCCCUGAGGUCUGUGUCAGAAUGUACGAUUGCGUUAAUUUAUGAGAAAAAGCACAUUUUCAUAAGAACAUAAUGAAUGUCAAAAGAGAAUGAAUUGUAUUUCCAUAUUAAGACCUGUUUCACAUUAACAACCAUUUGCUUGAGUA